AUGGCGCAGGCUGGGUGUCGCGUAGCGCCCAAGGAGCUCCUCCUUCGAUUUACAGCGUUGUUAGUCCGGUUCUCCUUGGAUCCCAAGGACUUCCGGGCGUGUAUGAUGACGCACGGCGCGGUGGUUUCCGGCUCUGCGGCCCUCGCCGUUAUCCUGCCUCGACCUUCGUCGUUCGUUCCGAACGACAUCGACAUCUACGUUAAUUCCAGCGGCCUAUCUGGCCUUCUCAAGUAUAUCCUUACCCGGACACCGUACACCAAGGAAACCGUCCUCACUCGUGCACGAGGUCCCGAUGUCGCGUAUUCCGUCCUUGUUGGCGGAACCGCCAUGCUCACGGUCCGCCUUUUGGAGGAUCCUUUGUCGGGACGGUCGCUGAACGUCGUGGAGGCCAGCACCCGAUCGCCCCUUUCGGUGGUAUGGGGGUUUCAUAGCACCCUCGUCAUGAAUGUAGUGCUGCAUUCUGGGGUCGGGUCUGCCUAUCCCCGCCACGCGUUGGAGGGUGUGGGGGUAAUCAAUUGUGUCCGGGGAAGGAUGGUACGAAGGCCCGCAUUGGUGCAAGCUUUGGACAAGUAUCGACGGCGGGGCUUUCGUCUUUAUGCGAACCUUGUUGAUGUUUUUGCGUCUCAAGAUCGCGCGGUGACGUCGACUCCGGCGUUAUCGCAACACCAUUGCGGUACGUGGGCGUAUUGUCCUCAGACUACCAGGGAUUCUUUGGAUCCAGGUAUGCUGUGGGUGCCUUUCCCAGGAUAUACAUCGGACGAUAUGCUGCAAGGUGUCCCUUCGGUUUCGUGGAAGCUGGCCCAUGAUGGAGAGUGCUGUCGAGAGCUGGCUCCGUGCCCGGGCUGGCUCGAAGACGUGGACGGUCGCCGUGCUAGUAUUGUGACUGGUUUCUAG